AUGAUAGGGAUCGAGGAACCAACGAGUGUCCAAGGCAGUGUUGAGGUGACGACAAUAGACGUCGAGCGCCUUACGGAUCAUGGUAGUUACACCAAGGAGACUAUCGAACGGCGACUGUGGCGAGCAGCAAAUUCCACGGGCACCGCACUAUUUGCAACCGAUAUCGAACUCAUUAUGCAGCCACUAACCCUUUUGCGUAACGUGAGCAAAUGUCAGAUCUAUCUAAAUCCACGCCUUCAAGAGAAGAUGCCAUUGAUGGAGCUGGUGGCCUAUUACAAGAAGAUCAUUGAGAGCAAGGAGCAGCAAAUUCUGGAAGACCUACAGUUUGUGCAUGAGACUUCAGAGGACUUGUAUCGAUUGGGCCGAAGCAUCCACGGGCAGUCUUACUCCGAUUUGCGUCCCACAGAGCAAGAGAGGAUGGAAGACCUGUUAUGGCGGACUAGGAGAUGGCAUUCGAUGCGAGCUGCGCCCGGCAGGCAACGCUGA